AUGGAGCAACUUCAAGCAGCAACAUCAAAAUUCAUUCAAGGAUAUAAAACUGAUACCCCUGCUUCAUUGAAGUUAAUCGAUGUUUAUCUUGUCUACAUAAUGAUGACUGGUGUCAUCCAAUUCGUAUACAUGGUAAUCGUUGGUUCAUUCCCGUAUAAUGCAUUCCUUGGUGGUUUCAUUUCAACUGUUGGCAGCUUCGUUCUUGCUGCGAAUCUACGCAUUCAAACCAACUCAGAAAAUCGCGAUGCUUUCAAGACAAUAUCACCAGAAAGGGCUUUUGCUGACUUUGUAGUAUGCUCAAUUCUCCUCCACGGCUUCUGUAUUCAUUUCUUGGGCUAG